GCAACCUCAAAGUUCGUCACUUGCUUUAGUUAAUAUUGUAUCUCGCGUUGAAGACGUUGUGCUUUUUGUAUAUUCGUGUGCGACAAAAAAAACGUUUUUUUUUUUCGAAGUAUUUCUGAAAAAAUAUAUAAAAAUCUAACAAUAUGUUCAGUUCAUUCACAGCAUCAUUGAAGGGCCUUGGUGACAAAACCGCCAAUUUGUUCAGCAAGAAGAAGGAAGAAGCUGCUCAUUUGGCUGAAGAGAAGGCACAGGCUGCAGCAAAAUUAGCUGAAGAUCAAGCAUCGAAAGUUGGAUCAGCUAUUUCAUCAGCUGGAUCUGAAGUUGGAAAUUUUGCAUCAUCAACUGCAAGUGAAGCUGAAAAGGCUGUUGGCAGCGGAGUUCAGACAGCUAAUGCUGCUGUUGAAGGAACCGUCCAGACUGUUGGUAAUGUUGCUGGAAACACAAAAAGUGCUGCAGCUAAUAUUGCUGAUGUUUCUUCAAAGGCCGCAGCUAAUGCUGUAGAUCAGACCAAAAAAGCCGCAAAUGAAGCUAUCAACAAGAGUGUUAAGGCUGGUGAACAAGUGAUCGACGCUGCUGAAAAGAAAGUCGAUGAAGCAGUCAAAACAGCCAGCAGCACAGUGGAUCAAAAAAUGAACGAAGCUAAUCAAUUUGCCGACCAAAAGCGUGAAGGACUCGAAAAGGCAAUCCACGAUACAACAGCCAAAGUAACUGACUCAGCUGGAAACGCCACAGCAAAUCUGAUGGGCAAGCUUAACUUGGGAAAUUAAACCCAAACAAAGAAGCUGAUUUUAGAAUUAAUUUGUUUUAAUUUUUAAGAAUAAAAACGAAAAAAGAAUAAGAAAAUGAAAACUGUUUUGCAAAAAAAAAAACUAAAAUUCUGUCCCUAAGAGAGAAAAAUAUAAUUAAAAAAAAAAAAAUAAAACGCUUAAGUCACUGUCCAAGAAGUUAUGAUGUCCUUAUCGAUGUGGAA